AUGAUCUUGGACUCACUUGAAAACUUCUUUGAGACUACCAAAACUAUCAAAUUUAAAGCCAAGAAAUCGCUUUAUGAGAAGCAAAAACUUAUAAUUUUCAAAAUAUUUGGAAAAAUUUGCAAGUCCAAAUAUAUCAGGGGCUAUAAAAUAAAGUCUCAAAUAAUGAUUGAAGUUUUAUUAUCAACAGUAAUAUGCCUUCAAAUAAUCGGCUUAGCUUGGCAUCCUGAUAUGAGUAUUUCAGGAUGAAAUCACUAUAUCGCAUUCUGAAAUAUUGUAAGCUACUUUAACGUCAACGAUCUUUCUGAUGCAUUUAAAAUUUCUGAAUAUUGAUUCUACGGAAUUCUUUCUAUUGUGGCUUUCUGUAUCAGUACGUUUUCGGCAAUGGUAAUUUCUGCCUUUGCCAAAAUGAAGUUUCCAAAGAUUUUACUUUUUGUUUUUCGGAAUUUAUUAUCGUUUUGUGUAACUUUACUGUAUAUUCCUUCUUUAGUUGAGUUUUCAAUGAUAUUUAAAUACUCAACUUUUAAUUGUGACAAAAUUAGCGAAUAUACUUACAGUAAAGACCCCAAGCUACUUGAUUAUGGAAUUGGAGGAGCAAUUUUUAGUAUUUUUGCUAUGAUUUACUUAAUUUUAAUGGCGUAUUUUUGAGAAUUAUUUACUGCAGAUAUUAGGCACUUUUUUAAAGACAAAAAUUUAACAACAAGAUCGCAUUCUUCAUUUGAUUUAAAAUUAUUGACUUUGAGGACAUUUAUGAGUAUCUCUUAUGUGCUAUUUGCAGACUCAGACACCACAAAGUAUCAAGUGAUUUUUCUGGCUGCUUCAAUUUUAGUGUUUAUAGAAUCAUUAGUAAAACUAUCAUACUAUAAUAAAGCCGAAAAUGCAAUAAAAUCUUGCAAAGUUCUUUCAGUGGCAUGAAUAUUCUUAGUAUUUUUACUUGGAACAGCCAUGGAUAAUGCAGGAAUUAUUUUUAUUCUUAUUUUUUUCCUGCAACCCAUAUUAAUUGGUAUUAAUUGCUGAAUUGUAUAUAUUCGUCUUGAUUAUAUUGAGAAAUGUGAUAUUGAUUUUUCAAGUCAACAUAAGUUUGAAAAAACCAUAAGGAAAAUAUUAUGGGAUAAAGAAUUAGAAAAUAAAGCCCAAGUAAUUGAUUAUUUUCAAGUAUGCUAUAACAAUAAAAAACUGACUAAAGACAAGCUACUUGUGAUUUGGGAAGUAAAUUACUGCUUAUUUGCUAUGAAAGAUGAAAGGCUGGCAAGGAUAAAACUAACUAAAAUUAAUUCAGUGUCUUCCAGCAUUGAAGGGAGCAUUCAAGAAUGGAGAUCUAAUAAGAACAUUGAAGAAAAAGGGGAUUCUUUGACUGAUAUUCAUUAUUUAGAAUAUCUGGCCGAUAUUGAUAAAGUAAAGCAGCAAGAUGAAGAAAUUUGCUGCACACUUAUUGAUUUAUGGUCUGAAUUUUCAGCAAAAAUCCCACAGUAUAAAAAAAUUUACCAUCUUGUUGUCAAAAGUUCUGAUCUUUUGACUAGUCUAAAAGAAUUUUAUGCAAAAUUAGUAUCAAAGCACAAGCAUUUAGAGCUUUUUGAUCUUUAUAGCUCAUUCCUUGAAAAUGUCCUUGGGGAUGAAGAGCAAGCUAAUAUAAUAAAUCGUCUAAAGACCAGAAUAAGCCAGCAAUUAUAUUUUAAUGGGAAUGAUGAUAAAAAUUUAAGCCUAUAUGAAGACAAUGCUGGGAUUAUUCUAAUUUCAGCUAAUGAAGAUACUUUUGGGAUCAUCACUUAUAUAAAUGAAAAGGCUGCUCAACUUCUAAAAGGCUCAAUUUCUGAUUUUAUUGGCAGCCAUUUUAGUUAUUAUAUACCAGACCCUUAUUCUUACAACCACGAUGACCAUAUGAAAGAUUUUUACAAUAAUUAUAAAAAAGAAGAAAUCCUUCAGAGAGGAGGAUUUUUCUUACAAAAUACCUUAGGCUACCUUAUAGAAUGCAGAUUUCUUAUAAAAUUGACGGGUUCAGGUCCAAUGAUCGUGCAUUUUGGAUAGUGUACAUUUUACCGAAGUAAUUUUGGUUGAAACUUUUUGAUAGCGAGACAUUUGACCAAAAAAAACCCGUUAAAUUUCGAUCAAUUUAAAAAUUUUGUCCAAAUGUCUGUCGAUGAAAUGUACACUAUCAAAAAUCCACUGUCUUUUGACAUGAAGCCAAAAUUGACAGCUUUCCAUAACAAUGCUUAUUUUUUAGUUUCCUUAACCCCCAGAACUACAAAUAGACAGCUUGCCUUAAUAUCUGAAAAAGGAAUUAUUUAUAACUAUUCAGAACUUUUCCCUCAUUAUAUAGGUGCAAAUUUUCAUAAUAUCCGUAAUUACCAUAUAAAGGAAUUUGUACCUGAUUUAAAUAUAUCAAAAAUGAAGCUUUUUGAGCCAUUAGUUAUAAAUAAUAAAGGUAAAGAAAUUGCACUGGUGCAUGCUAUUAAAAAACUGAGACUAGCAGUAAUUCAUACAAUUAUUAUGGUUAUUGAUGAAGAUGAAAUAAAAUUGUGAAAAGAUGGCCAAGAAACUGAUCAAAUUGAAUUUUUUCAAAAAAAUGUGUUAAAUCAUUUUGAGGAAGAAAAAACGCGUCAGGAUACAUCAGAUUAUCAAGAUAAUUCUCAUAGUGUGAAGUUUAAGAAAUCAAUUUUGUCGUUUAAAUCAGGUCUGGGUACAUAUUUUUUUAAAAAUAUUUUUUAUAAUAUUAAGAUAUUGCAAAAUUUAUAAUAAUUUUUUUUUUUAUCUUAAAUCAGUAGAUGAAGAUAAAGAAACAGGAACUAAUGGAGCUGCUGAUGAGACUUUUUCUGAGAACUUAAGAGAAAGUGAAGGAACUGAAGAAAAAUCACUUUCCAAUAUGCAAGGGAGUAUUUCUAAUUCUUCUACUCGUAACCUUUAGUUAGGAAUCGCAAACAAAUAUAUUGAAAAAAUGAUAAAGCAUAUCAAAAUUUUUCAGUGAGUAUUAUUUCUAUGUGUAAGAAUAACAUAGACAUUAGCAACUAUCAGUACAAGUAUAGCGAUUUUAGCUUAUAUUUAUCAAGAAACCAUUCAUACGAUUUCUCUAGCUCUCCUUACAAUUAUUAAUAUUUAUUUUAUGAGACAAGAAAAAAUAUAAUUUUGAAUUAAAAAGGAAAAUACUAGGUUUUAUUUAUAUUUAAUUGAAGAAAAUAAGUGUUUUUGCUGACUUCGGGAAGCUUAUGUUUUAUUUAGCAUCUUCAGCAGAUUUAGCAAGGUCUUUAGAUAAUGAUGUUAGGUAUGGCUUUUAUAAUUUGACUAAAGAUCUCGAACUGUUCACUGACUCAAUAAGUCAUAUAAAAUCUUUGAAAAAUGCUUUACUAGAUGAUUACAGUGAUUGAAAUUAUUGUGAUGGCUCAAAACUGGUGCUCAAUCAAAUAAUUCCAGUCUGAUCAUUCGAGCCAAGUCCUCACAUGACAAAGUAUAAUAUAUUCUAUCCAACCAUAAUUAGUAAUUAUUUGUUUUUUUUUUUAAAUUAUCUAAAUCCAAAACUAGGGCCAUAAAUUGUUUAAAUAAAUAGGGUAUAUAUGAUGAAGUUGAACUGUAUAUAUCUCAUGUAAUUUUUAUUCAGGGUGAAGAGUUGAUAACUUUACUAUCAGACAAUUCUUAUGAUUUGGACGAUGUUAAGUUUUUUGUCUUAAACAGCCUAGGAUUUUCUUUUGAGUAUAUAAAUAUUGCACUACAGAGCUUGACAGACUGUGAAGUCAAUAGAGUAGAAGAAAUCGGCUUAAGCGUCUCUUUAUGGCUAUAUGUAGGUGUCAGCUUUCUUGGGUUUUUCUUUUUUAUAUUAAUAGGCUGUGCCUUGUGGAUUAACAAAAAGUAUGACGAUUUCUGGAAUUUUAUUAGGAAAAUCACUCAUCUUGCAUUCCUUGAGACUAAAAGAGCUUGCAUUCAAAGACUUUCUUCUGUGCAUGGACUUGAGUAUGAAGUCAAAACUUAUACAACACAAGCAAAAAUUGCUAAAAGCAAAGAAAGAAUUACUUCAGGGGUAUACGUGAAAUAUAUUUGAAGGUUGUUUGUUUUUGUGAUACUUACUAUAGUCCAGGUACUAUGAAUAGAUUGUCCUGGGCUUGGAAAAUGCUUGCCAACUCCUAAAGUUUGUUCGUCAACUUAUUCGAGAGUUACUUGGGAGUUGCCAAGCAUUCUCCAAAUCCAGGAUUAUCUAUUGUCGUGCUUGGACUAUACCAUGUAUUUUACUCUUUCAAAAUUUUAUUCUUUUCUAUAUAAUUAUCUCAUAAAUAUAAAAUACUUAAGUUUAUAAAAAAAUAUUUCUAAAUUUCUAAAUAUAAUUAAUUAGUUACAGCAUAUUUUUUACGACCAAUGUGAAAAUUUUUUACAUAGUAGACCUCGGCUUCUUCAAAAUCUCGUCGUUAAACGAGCACAAUUAUCCCGUAUGAGUGUUUUUGCUAGAGAUUGUACAUCGCCAAGCAACAUAAUUUGAUUUCCAAACUCUUAUGGAUUUAAAAACUCAAGAAUUGAAUAUAAUUUGAGCAGCACAGAAUUUAAAGCAAUGAAUUUUGAAUUAAGAAAAAAGGAAUUUUUAGAUUUAAUGUCCCAUGAAAUGAAAGUCAGGAUUUUUGAAAUUUGGGACACCACUGAUUUUUAUAUCCAGCAAGGGACUUUUGCUGCGUCAAACUUGCUAUUUUUAGACUCAAUUAAUAUAGCAGCAGUUACUGGGUUUAGGCCUAUCCCUGAGUAUGCAGCAUUUAUGGGGAAUGUAUCAGCUUUGCAGUAUUCUUUGGGAGUAGACUUUGAUACUAUUGAUCAAGAUUCUAAAGAUAUUAUUAGCGACCAAUUGAAUUGGCUGAUUUAUGAAACCAUUAUUUUCAUAAUAGCUUUGGUGCUUCUUUUUAUGUUCUUUUAUAUGCCGUUUAUAAGAGCCGAAAAGAAAACCCUGAGGAAGCUGCAGGUUUUGACAUCGAUAAUUCCGAAUAUUAGAAUUGAUGAGAGAGAAAUAAUUAAAUAG